UUAACGUUAACUCGAGUUUUGUUUUUAGGUGGAGAUACGCGGAUAACAUGUGUCCAUGAAGAAAACUUGGGGAAUUGUGGAUGAUUGUCAGAUUUGAAUUCCCGACUUCAAUCUUUGGGAUAGCCUUGAAGAAUGAACUUUGCAUUAUACACAUUUGUCUAGGAAGCAAACUAAUAGAAUGCUUUACAUUACUACCUGAACAAGUGACUAAAUCUUGAAAUAUCUUAAAAAUGGAAUUACUGGGGGCAUUAAUCAUUAUUGCUGCAAUACCUGCUUCAUACACUUUACUCCACGGACCUAAUGUUUGCACGAGGCAAGAGACAUAUACAACUACAGUUAGAAUUUCGGAACAACAGCCGUACCAAGUACGUGAAUACGUGUGGUGUUUUAAUUUUCCACCGCGUUGCUCGAAAUAUAAAAUAAAGUUUAAAACUGUUUACAAAACUCAAACUUUAACGAAAACGCGACCUGUAGAAGACUGCUGUAAGGGUUAUACUAAAAGUAAUACUGAACAAAGGUGUAUUCCGGUAUGCUCUGCAAAUUGUUUGCAUGGUAGUUGUGUAGCGCCAGAAACCUGCAAAUGCGAAACAGGAUAUGGUGGACCAUCGUGUAAUAUCUCAUGUCCCGUGGGAUUGUGGGGCAAAGACUGCCAAGUAUAUUGCUUAUGUCAAAACAAUUCUACUUGUGACCCAUUUAACGGGAACUGCUAUUGUGACAGGGGCUGGACAGGAAAAUAUUGCGAAAGUAAAUGUUUGUCAGGGACUUACGGGCAGGGUUGUAUGGAAAAAUGUAAAUGUCUAAAUGGAGAUUGUGAUCAUAUAUCAGGGGAGUGUCAGUGUAAUCCAGGUUGGACAGGAGCUCUUUGUGAAAUUUCGUGUCCAAGCGGAAAACACGGAUACGAAUGUAAAUCGGAAUGUCGUUGUCAGAAUGGGGGAUUGUGCGAUCCAGAGUCUGGACAGUGCUCUUGUCAGCCCGGAUGGAUUGGUCCCGUUUGCGCCAAUAGGUGUCCGUUUGGUUUUUGGGGGUCAAGUUGUAAUAAUACAUGUGAUUGUUAUAACGGGGCUUCAUGCCAUCAUGUAAAUGGUGAAUGUGAAUGUCAACCUGGAUUUACUGGCGAUAGGUGUCUUGAUAUUUGCACUGAAGGUACCUUUGGUGAUAAUUGCACUCAAACUUGCAACUGCGAAAAUGGAGCAAAAUGCUCAAAUGUGGACGGCAAUUGCACUUGUUCGCAAGGCUGGAAAGGACAAAAUUGCAGUGAGAGGAUGUGUCCAGAUGGACUGUGGGGACCUUCAUGCCAAAAUCCGUGUGAAUGCAACAUCGAAAACACUGACAUGUGCCAUUCAUGGACAGGAGAAUGUAUUUGUAAGGCCGGUUGGAAUAGUAAGGAUUGCUCACGGCAAUGUCCUCUUUUAACUUAUGGAAAAGGAUGUAGCGGUACUUGUGAUUGCAAAAAUAAUGCUCAAUGUUUUCCUGUUAAUGGAACAUGUAUCUGUUCUCCAGGGUAUAAAGGUUUGGAUUGCAGCGAAGUUUGUCCUCCUGGAAGUUACGGUGAAGAAUGCGCACAAAAAUGUGAUUGUAAAAAUGGAGCAAACUGUUCUUCAGAAACCGGCCAAUGUUUGUGCACAGCUGGUUGGGUCGGGCAGUAUUGUGAUCGGCCCUGUAACGGCGAAACCUACGGUUUGCAUUGCAAUCAAAAGUGCACAUGCUUAAAUGGAGCAGCUUGUAAUCCUCAAAAUGGUACCUGCACAUGCAGUCCUGGAUAUACUGGUGAAAAAUGUGAACAUCAUUGCGAUAAUGGUUGGUUUGGUCAUAAUUGUCAACAGGUUUGUCAGUGCAAUGAAGAUAAUGCUAUUGGUUGUGAUCCUGUUACUGGAAAAUGUGUGUGUAAAUUAAGCUGGAAAGGCAUCAAAUGUGAAACACGAUGCUCAUCUGGAAAAUAUGGUCCAAGUUGUGAUUUGGAUUGUAAUUGUAAAAAUAACAGUUCCUGCGAUCCCGAUACAGGAAACUGUGUUUGUUCUCGUGGAUGGCAAGGCAUUGACUGCAGCCAACCAUGUGACAAAGGUUUUUAUGGAAUUGACUGCAAAGAGGUGUGUCCUGUCGCAUCUGAUAACAUCACUUGUGAUCAUAUAACUGGGGAAUACAUUUGUCAACCUGGUUAUAUAGGUCUUACUUGUGAGCAUCCCUGUCCGUCAGGCACAUUUGGCAAAAACUGUAAAGAAAAGUGUGUGUGCAGGAAUGGAGGUGAUUGUCAUCACGUCACAGGAGCUUGCCACUGUUUGCCUGGCUGGAUGGGUAAAAUCUGUUCAACUCCAUGCCCUCAAGGCUACUAUGGUUUUAAUUGCACUCAACAUUGCAAAUGUCUAAACAAUGGAAUAUGCAGAGGAAAUGAUGGUGUAUGCAGAUGUAAACCAGGCUGGACUGGAACGCAGUGCAGUGAAAUUUGUCCUGAAGGGUAUUUUGGUGAUCAUUGCAUGAUUCCUUGUGAGUGUCCAAAUGAAAACUUUGUCUGUCACGCAAUUGAAGGAUGUGUCUGUCGGCAUGGAUAUACUGGCGACAGUUGUGAUAGAAGCAUUUUGUAUGAACCAAGUACUCAACAUGAAGAAACAGGAUAUGCCAGUGUUGUUGCCGGUAUCAUGGUAGCUUUAAUGUUGGUAGGAGUUAUAGUUGCACUUCUGUUUUAUUAUCGAAGAAGAGUGGCUAAUCUCAAAACUCAAAUUGUGCACGUGCAAUACAUUGCAGACGCUCAAGCUUUAUCACCAGAUCGGAAUCAUUUUGAUAACCCAGUGUAUUCGUACCAAACAGGGCCACGGAAGGACGAUGAUAUUGGCCUACUAAAUAAUACCCAUCAUAUUCGAAACAAUUUGGUUAAGCAGAACAACACCAACCUAGAGAGGCAAAGGAGUGUAAUUCCCGGUUCAUCGACUGAAGAUGAUUUUAAAGGUGCCAAUGAGAUUAAUAGUGCGGAUUUUAAUUCUUUGAAAAAUCGUGAUGCUGAUGCCACAAAUCCAAACAUAUACCACAGCAUCGAAAAAUUAGAUCACGUCUAUGACGAAAUCAAACAAAAGGACGUAAAGGAUAUUGAAUUGGAGUAUGAUCGAUUGGACUACAGUCGUCCCGUUAGCACAUGGAAGCCUCAAUAUCAGAGGAUGGUAAACAGAUUAAAUUUGGAACAUCCCAAGGAGGCUACAGAGCCUGAAGAUGUUUAAAUCUCUAAAAC